AUGGGUGAUUCUCCUAAAGCCCCAAAAGCUUCCGCCUUCCAUCCCGCUUUCACUGUUAACAACAUCAAAAGCGUUAUCCCUGUUACCCUCACCAUGGAUCGUGCUCAAUACAUAUCGUGGGUCGAGCUCUUCAAAAUUAUUGCUCGAGCACAUCAAGUUCUCGAACAUAUUCUCCCUUCUCCAGACCAAGACGCUUCCUCUUCUCUCUCAACAACCGACCCUGACCUUUGGAGCCGCCUUGACGCAAUUGUGCUUCAAUGGAUUUAUAGCACCAUCUCCAACGACUUGCUUAACACCAUCCUCAAACCUGAUUCUACUGCCGCCGCUGCGUGGGGGAGAUUGAAGGAUAUGCUUGCGGAUCAACUCGCCAACGUCGGGGCCAAAGUUUCCGAUCAUCGAAUUGUCAUCACUCUCGUUCGUGGACUCCCGAAAGCCUAUGACAACGUGGCUGCCCUGCUUCAACAGUCCGACCCACCAACCUCUUUUCAAAAAGCUUGUUCUAUGCUUCUUCUUGAGGAAUCAAGACAAGCGAAUCAAGCCUCCAAUGAGGCCAGCGCUGUUGGUUCGGCAUUGAUGGCUGCGGGAAAUCCGUCCCAAAUGCACAAGGUUAACUCUUCUCCUUCUCACAAUCAGCGCAACUCUCCAAAAAAUAACAACCGCGGUGGUGGCCGCGGUGGUAACCCCAAGGGUCGUGGCAACGGCAUCCGCAAUGGGAAAGGCCGUGGUGGCGGCCGCGGGUUUCAACAACAACCCCAGCAAUCGUCGUCUUCGGGUUGGCAGUGGGGUAACUCCCCUGCUUGGCAGUACCCCCCUUGGAGUAGUUGGGCUUCUCCCCCUUGGGCUAUGCCUCCCUGCCCAUACCCAACUACUCCUUGGGCUCGUCCCUCAUCUGGGCCCAGACCCCAACAUGGUGGAAUUCUCGGCCCACGGCCACAACAACAGCAGCAGCGUGCUUUUUCCAUGCAAGCUCCCUCUUCGGUUGGCUACACUCCCACAGAUGUUGAGGCUUCCCUCCACACUCUCUCUCUCACUCCACCCGAUGAAAAUUGGUACAUGGAUACCGGGGCUACCUCUCACAUGACAUCAAACCAAGAAUUUGAUCCGUUUGGUUUUUUUGUGAAGAACCUUCGGACAGGGACCACCCGUAUGAGAUGUGAUAGCUCGGGGGAGCUUUACCCUCUCCACCACACCGCCAAUCUCCAUUCCUCUCCCAUCACCCUUGCUGCCCUCUCAUCCUCUUUAUGGCAUGAUCGUCUUGGUCACCCCGGGACACAAGUUUUGACUUCCCUCAAGAAGAAACAUUUUAUUCAUUGUAAUAGGAUUUCACAAUCUACUGUGUGUUGUUCUUGUAUUUUUGGAAAACGUGUGAAACUUCCCUUUUAUCCCUCUACUACUUGUACUACUUUGCCAUUUGACAUUUUGCAUAGUGACAUAUGGACUUCUCCUAAACUUAGUAGUGCCGGACAUCAUUACUAUGUGCUCUUCUUGGAUGAUUUCACUAAUUUCCUUUGGACAUUUCCUAUUGCUCGAAAAUCCCAAGUGCAUGAUCUAUUUUUGCAAUUAAAUGCCUUUGCUCAUACUCAAUUUGAACGUGAUGUGAAAUGUUUUCAGUGUGAUAAUGGUGGUGAAUAUGAUAAUGAUGUUUUCCGAAAUUUUUGUCUCUCUCAUGGAAUGGUGUUUCGUUUCUCAUGUCUUCACACUUCCUCUCAAAAUGGGAAGGCCGAAAGGAAAAUCCGUACUAUCAACAAUAUGAUACGUACUCUUCUAGCUCAUUCUUCCGUCCCACCUUCCUUUUGGCACCAUGCUCUCCAAAUGGCCACUUAUCUCCAUAACAUUCUCCCCACCAAACUUCUAGCUUAUGACUCACCAACAAAAAUUCUCUACCAACAAGACCCUUCAUACUCUCAUCUUCGGGUUUUUGGGUGUCUUUGCUACCCUCUUCUCCCCUCCACUACUAUCAACAAACUCCAACCCCGGUCUACCCCAUGUGUUUUCUUAGGGUAUCCCCCCAAUCACCGUGGUUACAAGUGCUACGACAUCUCUAGCCGGAAAAUCAUUAUCUCUCGCCAUGUGGUCUUUGACGAAACACAAUUUCCCUUUGCAAAAAUUCACACUCCAAAACCAACAGAUUAUGAUUUCCUAGAUGAUGGCAUUUCCCCCACCGUACUCCAACAAUUCUACAAUCCACCUACUCCUCAAGCUAUUGCCCAAAUACAAACUCCCCUCCCUAACUCAGCGACCCAGUCCACUAUGGCCCAUUCUCCUCCCUUUUUUGGUUCACCAGCAAGGUCCCCACCAUCUCCCUUAGUGGGCUCCCACUCACUCCAACCCACUUCUCCAAUUUUUGGUUCGCCAGAAAGGACUCCCCCAUCUCCCACUACGGGCUCUCCUUCCACCAGGCCCACACGCGCCCACCAAAAUCCCCUCAUGUUUGGCUCCUUUCCUGCUACAUCUUCCAGCGGCCCACUCUCUCCAAUCCGCUCCAACUCCCAGCCCACUUCUCACGGCUCUCCUCCGGCCCAGCAGAUCAGCAAGCCUCCUCCUCCCCCUCUACAAGUCCAAACUCGUAGCUCUCAUGGUAUAUUUAAACCUAAAAUUAUUUUUGAUUUAAAUUGCCAAACCACUCCCUCCCCUCUACCUCGUAACCCCAUAGUCGCCCUUUCCGACCCGAAUUGGAAAAAUGCCAUGAUGGAUGAAUUUAACGCUCUUAUUAAAACUAAGACGUGGGAGUUGGUGCCCCGUCCUCCUAAUGUCAAUGUCAUUCCUUGUAUGUGGAUUUUUAAACAUAAAAAGAAUGCUAACGGUGUUUUUGAGAGGCACAAAGCCCGUCUUGUGGUAAAUGGCAGGAAUCAACAGGUUGGUAUCGAUUGUGAUGAGACUUUUAGUCCGGUUGUAAAACCGAAAACUAUUUGCACUGUUCUAAGCAUUGCUCUCUCCAAGUCUUGGUCCAUUCACCAAAUGGAUGUCAAAAAUGCUUUCUUAAAUGGUGAUAUUGCGGAAACAGUUUACAUGCACCAACCUCCAGGCCUCCGUGACAAAGACAAUCCGAGUCAUGUUUGUCUCCUCAAAAAGGCUCUUUACGGCCUCAAACAAGCUCCUCGGGCUUGGUAUCAUCGUUUUUCUUCCUUUGUGGCUACCAUUGGGUUCUCUCAUAGCAUGUCAGACAACUCCUUAUUCAUCUAUUCUCAUGGCAAAGAAUUGGCAUACAUUCUCCUCUAUGUCGAUGACAUUGUGCUCACUACCUCUUCCGACGCUCUACGACACUCCAUCAUGACUCGGCUUAGCUCCGAAUUUUCCAUGACCGACCUUGGACCGUUGAGUUCCUUUCUUGGUAUAUCGGUCACUCGGCAUUCUAAUGGGCUCUUUCUUUCUCAAAAAUCAUAUGCUGCCGAUAUUAUUGCACGUGCUAACAUGUCCUCGUGCAAAUCAUCCGCCACUCUUGUUGAUACUAAAGCAAAACUGAGCUCAACCUCCAGUUCCCCCGUUGAUGAUCCAUCUUUAUAUCGAAGUCUUGCCGGAGCUCUCCAAUAUCUCACUUUCACCCGCCCGGAUAUCUCCUACGCAGUACAACAAAUUUGA